CAAGUGAAGUGAUGCGCGGUAACAUUUCAGAAGCAAAAUGGUUGACAGUGAGCAUAACGUUAACACUCACUGCCAUUUCCGUCUCUGCCUACGUAUUAAAGAGAAAAUGGAACGAUCUGAACUCCAAGAUCCAGGAGCUGGAGGCAUCUCUCAAGUCGUGCCUCGACAAAUGCGCCUCCGAGAGGCAAGGCCGAAUUAGGGUUCAACAGGCCUUGAGGGAGAAAGUAACUCAGUCGCAACCUAAAUCGGAAAGCCUAAACCUCACUUGUUAUCCCAUGACUCCUAUUGGUAUCGUCCACUCGUGCUUCUCCACCAGGAACGGGACGCCGAGGCAACCGUUACUCGUGCCGCUCGCUAGGGCGUGUUUGGUUUUUAACACAACUCGCGUUCCGCCGGCGUCUUUGGAGGGUUUAGCGGAAUAUUCUCAUUGCUGGAUUCUCUAUGUGUUUCAUCUAAACACGGAUCUCGAGAAGCUCUGGAAGCAUCCGUCGAAAUCAGGGUUCAAGGCCAAGGUGAGGGUCCCGAGACUCAAAGGUGGAAGAAAGGGAGUGUUUGCCACUCGAACCCCACAUCGUCCAUGCCCCAUUGGACUCACAGUUGCGAAGGUAGAGGCUGUACAGGGAAAUAUGAUUUUGCUCUCCGGUGUGGAUCUGGUUGAUGGAACUCCAGUGCUUGAUGUCAAGCCUUACCUACCAUAUUGUGACAGCAUCCGAGAAGCUACAGUGCCAAAUUGGUUGAUGGAGGAUAACUUGCUUUCUGUAGCUUCUAUUAGCUUUACGGAGGACUUCACUUCAGCACUUGAAAACUGUUGGAUAAUGGCGGAAAAGAAGUCACUUUAUGCAUCAUCAGGUGAGUUCCAAUCUUUGAUAAAGCAGGUUCUUUCAUGGGAUAUUCGGUCAUUGAGUCAACGAAACCGGCCACAUGAUACUUUACUUAAGAGAGAAAACGAUGAAAUAUUAGGUAAUACUUCUGAUGUAGAUGAGCACCAAGAUGAAACAACUUUAGUCCUUGAAAGACAGCAGAAUGAUUUAAAUUCCAAUGAAAUAAUUUAUCACUUGAUUUUGGAGGGACUUGAUGUCUCUUACAGCAUUGAUCAUGACGGUAAUGUCAUUGUAGAAAAGAUAUCAACUUUUGCUGUUCAGGACAGUAAGCCUAAUUUCUGUAAUUACUUGACAUGGAAAGACAAGCUGCAGUGAUUUCUAUUACUGUACCCAAUUGCCAAGACAUUGGUUUUAAUUUUCUUUUUUGCAAAAAAAUGUUUUUGCUCUUUUAGAAGUAAUUCUAUUUAAGAACUGUAAGCUUUGAAGUUGUUUGGUA